CAGAGGCGGGCAUGAUAUGCGGCAGGCUGGUCGUCACACGGGGUAGCAGGGUCGCUGGCGGAUAGUAGGGACGCUACGCAGCGGGACGGCGGCUCCACCUCGAGCGCGCAUCCGCCCCGGCUACGAGGAUACCCGCCAAUGCUACGCAGCGAUACCAGUCUCGCGCAUCGCCUACUGUCACGAGCCUGCUUGCCUGCAGCGAGCAUUACCGCCAGCUGCGCGCAAUGUCUGCUUGCUACCAGCAUUGUCACCUCACGGCGGCAUCGCAUGCAUAUAUCGAGGAUCAACUGCGCCCAAGCUCAUCGCCGCCGCGACUCAGCCUCGACGCCCCACCGCCGUACUACAUCCAUUGCUCAGCAUCGAUGCCAGUCACGCGCAGUGAGACCAGCAACCACGGCUGUGUACCAGCGUGCUGCUGCGCCUCCUCACGCGCGGGGUUUACGCCUGCGCCGAGGAUCCACGCCAGCGCUCAGCAUCCACGCCAGCGCUCAGCAUCCACGCCAGCAGCGAGCAUCCACGCCAGCAGCGAGCAUUGGCGGCUCCACACGGCAUCAACGCCAGCAGGCAGCAUCGACGCCUUCACCAAGCAUACACGCCUCUACCCAGCAUCACCGCCUCUGCUCAGCAUCAACGCCUUUACCCAGCGCAGUAGCCUCUCCCGCGCAUCGACGCCUGCGCUCAGCAUCCACGCCACCGACCAGCAUCAACCCCUCCACCGAGCAUCCACACCAACUCCCCGGCAUGGUCGCCCGUGCUCGGCAUCCACGCCAUCACCCCGCAUACAACCCCGCCGCCCCGCAUCACAGCCUGCCCCCCAGGAUGAACGCCUCGCCCGCGGAUAGACCUGGUAACUUUGAGCACCCCUAGCACGGCGUAGAGGCAAGGUAGCGCCUUGGGAAUGCCACGCCCACACUCGCAAAGCUCGUCCGCACUCGUACGUACCAGAGGCAGCGCAGAAGGAGCAACUUUUGCGCAAACCCCCUACGAUGGCCUGCCCGGCAUGACGUGGUCGGCCGCCCGUUGCAGCAUGGCCGAAAUGAGCGCCAAAAAAUGGCUCACUCCCCUCGGAUCAUCCACCGCUCCACGCUCGUG